AUGUCGCCUCUUGUUGCUCCACCCAAUCUCGCCCACAUGAAGAAAGACGGAAGACUCGACAACGGUAUGGUGGAUGCACGAAGCCUCAAUUUUGGCCGGGAAAUAUCCAGCCAUCGUCAUUCCAACAUCCACCAUUGUUCAUCGGAUGCUUUCGAUACCCCCAGAAAUGCAAAUCCCCAAAGUUCGUCUAGCGAAGACUCAGAGUCUCCAUCCUACAAGAAGCCGAAGUUGGAGCACAUGAAACCCGCAUCUACCGUUUUUGACAACCCCACUAGCCUGGAGAAAAUACUUGCAAGAAUUUCACCUGGAGUGCCUCAGACAACCAGCAAAGCGGCUGGUACAGAAAAAGAUCGAUCUUUGAGUCUGCCCAAGGCCACGACGACAAAAGAAACACAACAGCCAGUAAGUUCCGACGCCGUGGACUACAAUGGCAACAAUGGCAACGAUGCCAAGGGGGAGCUUGCUCGACUCAAGCAUCAGCUUCAGGUUGCAAAUAACAAGAUUGCUUUCCAGGAGCAAGAGCUUGCCCAGACACGGGUCAUCAAGCACACCAUGGACCAAACUCUUGGACCACCGUCCGAGGUGGAAUUUGGUGGGCGUGAAAUCACAGAGCAAACAAUCAGUCACCUACAAGAUGCCUUCAAUGCUUCAAAGCCUGUAUUUUCUCAGUUUCAGGACGCAUGGACUUCCCAAGAAGACUCCCAGUCGGAUGCUUCUGAUGCAUUGUCUGCCGUCGGCUACCAUCGUGCUCGGGGAUCGUGGAACCACCCGGGUCAGAUCCCACUCGGAGCUCCAACAACCGAUGCUCACUUCGAUAAAUCUUAUAGCGAGGCCGCCUUCCAGGGCAUCCUGACCCAUACUACCCAGGAGCCCAAUCGAUUUUGGGGUACCCCAGCUGCAUAUCCUGCAUUUACAUCCCCCGGGGUGAUGCAACCCCAGAGAAUUAUGUCAAGCCCUUCGACAAGUUCAUAUGGCCCAUUCCCCAGAUCCCCCACAAGUGAGCAAGUACGAUGCAUUCAUGACCCAAAUUCUGGACCCCGCUGCCUCAUUCCCCAGGCCAAUCGAGCUAGUUCAUAUCUGCCUCAGAACGCUUCGUGGGGCAGCACUGUUCCAAGAGCUCCCACAGAGCCUUCUCCAAGAUCUCCCGCCUCGCCGACUGCACGGCCAUCUAGUAGCUUCCAGUCCAUUGGGGCCUACACAAUGCUGCCCUAUCACACGCAAUCAAUGCCAACCACACUUUCUCCCACCGCUACCGAGUUCACGGCCGGAAACACAAGUGCAGGAGGGACCUCGUGGACUCCUUCCUCUCCCGGUGGAAACGCUAUACACACCUAUGUUCCCCACCUCGAACCCCCGAAUUACCGUCGUCUUCUGGACAAAAACGUUUCAUGCGACUGGAAGUACAUUAUGGACAAAAUCGUUUGCAACAACGAUCAACAAGCAUCCAUUUUCCUACAGCAGAAACUUAAAGUUGGAACAGUUGAGCAGAAGCACGAGAUCAUCGAAGCCAUCAUCAGCCAAGCCUACGCUUUGAUGGUGAACCGAUUCGGGAACUUCCUGGUCCAGAGAUGCUUUGAGCAUGGAACAGGUGAGCAGAUUAUUGCCAUUGCCAAUGAAAUCAGAGGCAACACUCUCAGCUUAAGUAUGGAUCCGUUUGGCUGCCAUGUUGUUCAAAAGGCCUUUGACUGCGUUCCUGAAGAACACAAGGCGAUCAUGGUACAUGAACUUCUUUGCCGAAUUCCGGAGACGGUGAUUCAUCGAUACGCAUGUCAUGUCUGGCAAAAACUUUUUGAGCUUCGGUGGACCGGAGAGCCACCGCAAAUCAUGGCCAAAGUGAACGAAGCUCUGCGUGGAAGAUGGCAUGAAGUCGCUCAAGGAGAGACGGGGAGCUUGGUAGUUCAAAAUAUUUUUGAGAAUUGCGUUGAGGAGGAGAAGCGAUCGGCGAUUGAAGAGGUGUUGGCGAAAAUCGAUGUACUAGCACAUGGUCAAUUCGGCAACUGGUGCAUUCAGCAUGUCUGUGAACAUGGCGCCCCCCAUGACAAAAGUCGAGCCAUUGAACACGUGCUUCAUCAUGCGGUUGAGUAUAGUAUGGAUCAAUUUGCGUCCAAAAUAGUUGAGAAAUGCUUGAAAAUCGGAGGCUCGGAAUUCCUAGAUCGUUAUCUCUCUCGUGUUUGCACAGGUCGUGCUGACCGACCUCGGAUGCCUUUGAUCGAUAUUGCAGGCGAUCAAUACGGGAACUACCUGAUUCAAUGGAUUUUGAUGAAUGCUGCAACUCACCAGCGUGAAAUUGUGGCGAGCCACAUCCGAAAACACAUGGUCUCCCUUCGUGGAUCCAAGUUUGGUUCUCGUGUUGCAAUGCUCUGCUGCAAUCCAUCCCAUGCUACGCGUCCUGGACCUGGGACGGGCAUUCAAAUUGGACGAUUCACUCAAUUCAAUGAAGACAGAUUCUCCUCGACCGGCCAAAAUGGCAACCGGUUCAAUCGAGGGAACCAGUGGAACUCAAGCUAUUCGGCAUUUCGUUAA